UCAGAUGGUCUCGAAUCUGUUGUCUGCAACAAUCGAGGUCCUCCACACGAAGAGUGAAACAUUCGAAUCCUGCGAUCGUACCAGUGGCCCAGCCAGACCCGGUUUCCCAGACACCUGCGCCUUGUUGUCGGUCGUCGUCAUCGCAUUUGAGUACCCGCUAGUUUGACUGGAUUCUUUCUUUAGCAACACCCGCAGUGGAGUCGAGAUCGGCCGAAGGAGGCGCUGCAUUGCGCACGAUUUCACCCACGGCUGACCGUUGCUUUUGUUUUCAUUCCUUCGCGUAUCACAUCUCUUCUUCUUCAUCGUCUUCCUCCAUUUUCUGGUCGUUGUUUUUUUCUCGCUUUUCUUUACAUCCCCAGUCGAAGGCAACAUCCUGGAUUAUCGUCUGACACCUUGACGGCGCAGAUCUCCAUUGUUUACCUCGCACCGCUCUUCUCCACUUGCGGCGACUGGAGUUAAUCUCAUUAUUCCCACCCCAGCAUCAUGCGAGCCAUUCGUGCCAAAUCCGUGAAGCCGUCAGCCUACCCUGCGCUGCCCUUUCAUGUCAUUCGGGGGUUGAACUUCCUUUCGGCGCUCCUCGUCGCAAUCAUUCUGGCCGUCUUUAUCUCCAAUCUAUCCAAGAGUAGCCAUAAGCUACCGUGGGCCUUCUUAGUGCUCCUCAUCUCCUCCGUUCUAUCACUCCUGAACUUCGUCCUCACCACUAUCACGCACUGCUGCUAUGGCCUCUCCCCAAUACUCUCCGCCACCACCAACUCCAUCCUCUUCUUCCUCUGGCUCAUCUCCCUCGGCCUCAUGAGCUACAGCAUGUCGCACACCAUCCUCACCACCUGCAAUGCCACCUACUGGGGCACCUCCACCGGGAUCAACGUCUGCCGCAUCUACAAGGCCCUGUACGCCUUCACCGUCAUCGGCACGGCCACCCACCUCGCCGGCAUCGCCCUCGACGUCAUCGUUCGCAGACGCCAGACCCGUCUCGGUGCCUACGACCCCAUGGCCUCCAGCACCGCCCUGAACGACUACAAGAUGCACAACCGCGACAGCAGCAUCAUGUCCACCGGCAUGGGUCCCUACGGCUCCGGCCCCAACCCCUACGCCCACCCCGACGAUGACCGCCACCCGGCCUUCCGUCACUCGCACCAGCCCUCCGAUGACUUCUACAACAUCCCUGACCCCAUGGUCUCCGGCGGCGCGGGCAACCAGCGCGUUCCCCCGCCCGUCUACGGCGCCAAUUCCUCCCUCGAGCAGUACCAUGCCGGCGAUGCGCAGGACUAUGCGGAGACUGCCCCCGCCCUGAGCCAGCGGCGGACCCCGCGUGUGCGUUUCAGUGCCUAUGAUGGAUAUAAUCAUCCAGCCGAGCAGACGGGUUACGAUCCGGCUGCUUAUCGGUAGAUAUGUUACACUGUGCUGUGCUGUGCUUGUACGGGUACAUUUUCUACCUAUCUUGUCUCGUUCGGAAAAGAGUGUAACUGUACGCUACUGGGAAGUUAUAUUGAUUGGCUGGCUGGUUGGUUGGCUAGUUGAGCUAGCUAGUUAUCAACCAUUCAGCCCGUCGUGAUCUUCAUUUUUUUUUCUCCCUUUCGAUAUGAUGUGUUACGAACAUUGACAUCGCAAAAAGGCCCCGGGGCUUCGUGUAUUUUGGAUAGUGAUAUUCAUGAUUGCUGCGGAUGGCGUCAUUGGGAUGUAUUUCUUUUCUUCUUUUCAAGUCCAGCGAGGGUUGUUACGUUUAUUUCGAUUUAUUGUGUUUUUAAUGCAUUUUUUGGAAAUAUGAGAGAACGCUAUUGAGCAAGUAAAUUCGAAGGAGGUUGGUUUGAC